GUUCCUCCUGGUGCAGUGGGUCCUAGGUUCCUCCUGCAGUGGUGGGUCCUGGGUUCCUCCUGGUGCAGUGGGUCCUGGGUUCCUCCUGGUGCAGUAGGUCCUGGGUUCCUUCUGGUGCAGUGGGUCCUGGGUUCCUCCUGGUGC